UGUUAUGAUCGUGCAGCGCUCUUCUUUUCUACCGGUAUGUUAGCUUCUGUUUUCAAUUGACAGUCUUUUUAUAUUAGUGUUUUAGCGUUUUUCUAAUGCAUAUUUGAACCACCAAAGCUACAUGUGUAUACUCGUUUAAAGAAAGUGUUUUUAUGAGUCGAGUUAGCCAAACAGAGCCAUUAGCAGUAUCUGUCGAGCCUAUCCGUAUUAUGCAACAAAGAAAAGCUUAUAAAAAAGCCUUGUAUUGAGCAGCAAUUCAGCCUGCAUCAUGACGGAAAGAGCCAGCAAAGUAACACCGAGAGGAAGUUUGUCAUUGUCUAAGAGUAAGAAGAAAGGCAAUGUCAAAGCUGGGAUUUCUGCCAGUCCUGCCACCACCACACCUCCCAUCAGCUCCUUCUUCAGCAGCCAGCCCCCCCCUAAACUGGCCUGCCCCCUGUGUGGCCAGCUGGUACCAAGAUUCAAGAUCAAUGAGCACAUUGAUUUGCAAUGUCAGAACUUUGAGAGAGGAGACAGCAGUGCAGCCUCAGCAAGUGAUACUGUCGUGCCAAGCAAGCAGCUGUCACCCAUAAGGAAUCCCCCAAAGUCCCUAAAGCUGGAUCCAAAGAAUGAAGAAGAAAUCAAAGGCACCAAGACCAGCCCUUAUUUCAAGAAGAAUGAUUCUCAGCAGGCACCACUGGAAUUGAGAAGUAAAAGUGUGGUGAGGACCAUUGACCUGGGAAGUCUCUCCUCCAAGUUAUCUAUGAAAGGACAUAAGUCACCUAAGAGGACAAAGACAGGAGAUAAACGGGCACCAAUGGAUCCUGAAAAGGCGAUAUGUUCAUCUCCUGAGACCCUCAGCAGCUCACAGAAAGAAAAUAUUCAGACUUUAGAAGCCGAACAAGAUGGUGUGACAGUCAUUGACCUCACAGACACUAGUAAUGACUCUCCAACAGCAGUGGAAGAUAUAUCAUGUUUAGACAAAGGACGUAAUCCUGAACGCAAAGCUCCUAAAUCAGAGAAAGUGGUUACUCUAAAGCUGCUCUCUUCUUCCUCUAAAGUUUUGGUGUCUAAACUAUCAAAGAGAAAAAAGGGAACACCUUCCACUGGCAGCGCGUCAGGACUAAGAAAGAAAGCAAAAUAUGAGGGGAGCAGCGUUGAGCCAGAGGACGUGUUUUCUAGUGACAUUAAAGCAGCGAUGACUGAUACAGACCAGACUAAAACUGAGGGACCUUCUACCACUACUUGUGACCCCCUUCUGACUUCAGAGGAAACAAAUGAUGCAGCGAUCAAAAGUGAUACACAGUCAGAGUCUAUUACUGAGAGCAUCCCGAGUGACCAGGCUGUCGAUCCCCUACGGCUUCCCUACUACCUCCGUAACUUCCUGACCGUACUACAGGCUGUGCUGGAGAAUGAGGACGACAGGUCAUUGUUCAAUCAGGAUGACAUGUCACUCAUCCAUGCAUUCAAGAAACUCUCAGUCAUGGGGCAGAAGCUGUAUGUGAGACUCUUUCAGAGGAAACUGAAGUGGCUCCAAGUGAAUAAACUGGAUUAUGAAGAGAUAUGCAGUGAUCUGGGACCUGUGGCUCAGGAGCUGGUUCAAACUGGUUUUCUCCAGUCAGAGUGUGAACUUCAGGACUUGGGGGAGACUCUCGAUCUCCUGCCCGCUCCUGAUCUCAAAUCUCUGGCUAAGACUUUCCAUCUGGGCAAUUCUGGGACUCAGAAACAGCAGCUGGUGGACGGACUUCUCCGUUUGAGCCGGCAAAAGUCCCUCUUCUCUGUGUCCGCUGCUCAGAACAUCAUUGGGGCUGUCAUUCUCAAAAGGGCAAAGCAGCUUGCAAGUUCCUGUGUGCGCCUGUGUCGCGGUGCUCGAGCCGUCUUCUCUCGGAUCCUGCUCCUCUUCUCUUUGACGGACACCCUGGAGGACGAGGAGACGGCGGCUGGUGGGCAGAGCCAGCUGUUCACCAUUCUGCUGGUUAACUCUGGACGCCUGGCCUUCCCAGACUACACCGUGCAGCGUUCAGCCAAGGUGUUCCAGGACAGAGAGGAUCUCAUCAGAUAUGAAGCAUCCAUGCGGACCCUGCAGGAGGUAGUGUCAGCCAUGCAGGGGGGUCAAUGGGAAGAGGCCAUGGAGCUCUAUACUGCGGCUAAAAGUGUCUGGAAGGAGCUGAGGACAAACCAUGACCUCAGUCAUGAGGAGGAGCUGCCUGUGUUCCUACGCAGCUUCACUACAGGAUGGGCUUACACUCGGGUCUUAACCAGAGGGGUGGAGAUCUCGCAAAGGCUACGUUGCUAUGAGGAAGCAGUAGAGGAGCUGCAGUCCUUACUGUCGCAAUCUGUUUACUGUCCUGACAGUCGAGGCCGAUGGUGGGACAGACUGGCACUCAACCUUCACCAGCACCUUAAAAAACCUGAGCAAGCUAUAUGUGCUAUCAGAGAUGGGAUGUCAGACCCUCUGGUGCGUACUGGACACAAACUGUCUCUUCAUCAGAGAGCUGUCAGGAUGAAAGAGUCUGCCAGCCUGAAGAAGCAUCGCCUGCAAAUGAAUGACAUGCCCACUAUCCAAGUUGAAGAUGUCACUCAUGUGACCAUCCGGGGACAGCUGUUCCCCCACGAGGGGGGCAUGGGAAAAUCUAGGUUUCUUUUACCAGCAAUUGGAGAUGGGGGAGAGAGUUCUGAUGCCACUAUUAUAUGCUCUGUGGAAGACCUGUCUUUAGCACAUUACCAUCAACAAGGCUUUGACCAAGGGAUCCAUGGCGAGGGCUCUACAUUCUCAACAUUGUUUGGCCUUCUGCUAUGGGACAUCAUUUUUAUGGAGGGUAUUCCAGAUGUUUUUAGGAAUCCAUACCAGACAUGCCCGCUGGAUCUUUACACUGACUGUUUCUAUGAGAACAGAAAAGAGGCGAUAGAUUGUCGUGUGCAGUUACUCAGCGAGGCUUCUGUGGAGACUCUGCAUGUCAUGUUGGCGGAGGUGUGGACCUCCCAUGAGGGUAUAGUGUGUUCACUGGUCAACUGGGAGCGCUUCUCAUCCCUGCAACAGGCACAGUCCCUUGUGUCAUGCAUGAGAGGAGCCUUCUUAGGAGGGGUAAUAAAACGAAUGGCGAAGGACUACAGACACUGCCGUGGAGGUUUGCCUGAUCUAGUGGUGUGGAACACCUCAAACAACACCUACAAGCUGGUGGAGGUGAAGGGGCCAAGUGACCGGCUGUCCCAGAAGCAGCAGAUCUGGCUGGAUGAGCUUCAGAAGCUGGGGGCAGAUGUGGAGGUGUGUCACGUGACGGCGACAGGAGCCAGAGGAGCUCGUCUGGAAUAAGCAGACACAGAGGAACUGACUGAAAAGCUGCUAAUUAAUCAGAUUGUGGUCAAAAUGGAAACAUCAGCAGACAAGACUCUGGGAGAAAAUAUCUGGGUACUUUUUCUGAUUCAUGAUCAUCUAGAACCAAUGUUCAUCUCAAAAACUCACGUCAUCUUCAACAUGUCACAGAUGUAAUCCUAUUUCUGUAAAGGAAGUGUGCCUUGCAAUAUGUGGCGUUAACCUGAGGGAAACCACUGCAUCAGCGGGAAGAGGAUGAAGAUCACAAGAUGAAGAUCAUCACUGAGAAACAGAAAUAGAUUGCCUACAGAUAAUUAGAGUUGAUGUAUGACAUGAAACGAAUCCAAGGUUCACACACCAAACGAUGUUUUUUUUUUUUCUUCGGUUGCCAAGCAACAAAAACUCACAAUUUGUUGGAAGCUUAAAGAAUUGUAAGACAGCUCUACGAGAUUGUAUGCAAGUAAUUACUGUGAUAAAAUAGUACUCUACCAGAGAAAUGUAAGAACAAGGCUGCCAUUAAUGUAUUAAUCAUAUGGUUUAUAAAUGUCAGAAAAAUGUGAAUGUUCUUAGAGCCUGAGAUGCUUUCUCAACAUUGCUUGUUUGGUCUCAUCAAUAUCAAUACACUGUAUAAAAAAAAAGUUAACUAAGAAUAAAAAAUAA